AUGUGGACAACCCCGAAGCCCAACUACAGGAGGGGUUUCUGCGCAGAGGGGGAGGUUGCUGUGAACAUCGGCGGAGUCCGGGUGGUGCUGUUCGGGGACGUGUUGAACCGCUACCCGGAGAGCAGACUGGCGGAGUUAGUGAAAUGUCCAAUUCAAAAUCACGAAGUCAUCUCCUCGCUGUGUGAUGACUUCGAUCCGAGUAGGAAGGAGUUCUACUUUGACCGAGACCCCGAUGCCUUCAAGUGCAUCAUCAACGUUUACUACUUCGAUGAAAUCCACAUCAAAAACGGCAUCUGCCCCAUCUGCUUCAUCAAGGAGAUGGAGUUCUGGAAGAUAGACAAAAGCGUUUUAGAUGAGUGUUGUAAAAGUUACCUGAGUGAGAAGGAGGAGGAGCUGACGGAGAUCUCAAACAAGGUGAAGGUAAUAUUGGAGGACAUGGAGGUGGACCAGUGCUUUACGCGCGCCCAGCGGUGCCAGAGGUUCCUGUGGCGGCUGAUGGAGAAGCCGGGUUCCUCCCUGGCGGCGCGCGUCAUCGCCAUCGCAUCCUUCCUCUCCAUCCUGGUGUCGGCGGUGGUGAUGUGCGUGGGAACCAUCCCGGAGCUGCAGGUGUCGGACUCCGAGGGGAAGCUCGUAGAACACCCUGUAUUGGAGGGGAUCGAGACCGUGUGCAUGCUGUGGUUCACGGCGGAGUACCUGCUGCGUCUCGCCUCCUCUCCGAACAAGCUGAACUUCGCGUUCUCCUUCAUGAACGUCAUCGACUUCAUGGCCAUUAUACCCUUCUACGUGGUGCUGUCCCUCACCCACCUCGGCACCUCGUCCAUGAUGGAGCUUGGGAACGUGCAGCAGGCUGUGCAGGCGCUCCGCAUCAUGCGUAUCGCGCGUAUCUUCAAGCUGGCGCGCCACUCCUCCGGACUGCAGACUCUGACCCAAGCGCUGAAGCAGAGCCUCAAAGAGCUGGGGCUGCUCCUCAUGUACAUGAGCGUGGGGAUCUUCGUGUUCUCUGCGCUGGCCUACACCAUGGAGCAGAGCCACCCGGAGACUCUUUUCAAGAGCAUCCCUCAGUCUUUCUGGUGGGCCAUCAUCACCAUGACCACCGUGGGCUAUGGAGACAUCUACCCCAAGACCACGCUCGGCAAGUGCAACGCAGCCGUGAGCUUUCUGUGCGGGGUGAUAGCCAUCGCUCUGCCCAUCCACCCCAUCAUUAACAACUUUGUGGUUUUCUAUAAUAAGCAGAAAGUGCUGGAGACCGCAGCAAAACAUGAGGUGGAGCUGAUGGAGCUGAAGUCUGGCAGGGAGGCGCGCAGGGAAAGUAGGGAUUAA